UCACUGAGUUCACAUCACUGACCCUCAUCAUGUCCUGCCUGGUAGUAACUAUCAUUGCUCACCUGGGUGUGAUACAAUCUGCUCUGAAGGUCUCAGGAACUGAAUUGGAUCUAACGAUCAAGCCAGGGAAUAAUGUUACUCUCUACUGUGACUGCAUUUGGACCCAAGGUGCACAAACAUAUUGGUAUAGAAACUGUUCACAUUAUAGGCAACCUUCAUUUGUGAUGUCAACCCAAGAAGCAAUUAGGGAUAUAGACAAGCUCUCCACCUAUGAAUUUAAAUGGAACACCACUAGCCAGUCCCAUGAUCUACUAAUCAAGAACAUCACUGAGUCUGAUCUGGGGUUGUACUACUGUUCUGUUGCUAUGACGAAAGUGAUUGACACAACUGUAAAUCAUCAGAAAGUCACAAACGGAAUAAUUCAAAAGAAAGCCUCUUAUUCUUAUGGAAACAUCACCUACAAGUUGUCCUUUGAAGAUGCUGCUUCUUCCCCAGCAUCUACCUGUCCUCCUCCCCCUGAUGGUGGUCAGUGCUGGUCACUGCUGGUCAUCUUGUGUCCCAUGUGUGCUCUACUCUCUGCCCUCAUCUCCUCCACCUGUGUGUACUGCCUCUGCCGCUGUAAGACAGCACCAGUGGAACCUGGGGAGCGCUCAAAGAGGAGAGAAAGUCGAGCAGGAAAACAGGAUGAAGACAAAGAGUUGUGUUAUGCUUCAUUGGAUAUGCCAGCCAGAGCACACAAAGCAAAACCCAAGAGAACAAGAAAUAAAACUCAAAACUCUGACUUCAGUACCUAUUCCGAGGUCCGAAGUUAUCAUGUAUGAACUUCAUCAAAUUGAAAAUUAAAAAGGACAUGUUCAAUCAAACUUCUUUGGAGAAUAUGGCCCCAUUGACACAUACGACAAUUUGCUUAUUACCUGUGGCUUGCCUCAAAAGUUGAAAUGAUUUGUUGUGCAACGCCACAUCACCAGUAAUAAUUUUGCCUGUAAUUGCUUAAUUACAUCAACAUUACAUGGCCUCUUGUUGGUUUUCACUUACAGUCUGAAUGGGGCUUAGCGCUGUGUACCUGAAGCAUACUAGCAGAGUAUCGCCACCAGACUGAUUCAAGUUGGAGGACAGGAUGCUAGCAAAAUGGGGAUCCUUGAUAACGCCUCCCACCCCUUUCACAAUACAGCUAACAAAGCGAAAGAGCAUCUUGAGCGAUAGACUCCAUCAACUCUGAUGUGUUAAAGAAGAAUAUAGGAGGACCUUGUAUAUCUUGUAUAUUAUACCAUAGCUCAGCGGUCUAUUCCAUUGAUCGGCAUGACUAGUGUCCAUUCAUGAAGAGCUGUCUAGUUAACUCUAUUGCUUUUUAUUCACAAAUAAAUCUUGUAACUGUUUCUGAA